AACACAAAAGAAGACUAAUUGUAAAGAAUGUUUUGAUUGUGUUUUGAAUUUGGGGUAGACGUUACAAAAUUUUGUUCCAUGUACAACUUUUAGUAAUUCUUUUCAAAAAUUUGCGUUGCGCCACCAAAACCACAACCGCCGUCUUCAGGAGCAAAAGUCAAGGAUAAUAUCAAAAAGUAGAAAAGGAUAAGCUAAGCUAAAGAACGCAGCAGAGUUAGAAGACGAAGAAGGAAAACAUUAUGGAUAGCUCUGGGAAAAAUCGUUAUGAACUUUUGUUCAUGGACGAUGAUGUUAGCGAUCCAUUAGAUAAUCUUGUGGCGGCGGCGACGACGACGGCAGCGACGACAGCCGCUGCUAACCAAAAGAAGAAGCAGCAGCAGGCAACAGCAGCAGCUGCUAAGACAGCCAAAACUGGAGGAGCCGCCACUGCUGGUGCUGGUGGUGCCAAGAAGCCAAAUCAGGCUGAAAAGGAGAAUAAACCAGGAGCGUUAAACAAGAAUAACGAGGGCAGACGAGGCGGCAACCAAGCAGCGACCACAAAUGAAAAGCAAUUCAAUAACAACAAACAAGGUGGGGCUGGCGGCGCUGCUUCUCGACCAGGUGGUGGUAAUGCUGGUGGUUUCGGCGGCAACAACAAAGCACGUGAAUUUGGUUCUGGUCAAGGGCAACAACAACAACAACAGCAACAGCGCAAUGUAAACUUUCGCCAACAGAAUGGAAACGCCGAGACAAGGGAACAACGCAACAAUCGUCGCAAUAUUGGAGCAGGAGGACCUUCAUCUGGAGGAGAUGGCACCACUCGUCCAUAUCGUAAUAAUAACGGAGAACGUGGUGAACGCGGUGGUGAUCGUGAUCGCGGUGAUCGUCCACCACGUCAAAAUCGCAAUUUUGAUGGCAAUCAGAGGAAACGUGAAUUUGAUCGUCAAUCGGGCUCGGACAAAACUGGUGUUAAGGCAAUCGAUAAACGCGAUGGAGCUGGUGCCCAUAAUUGGGGAUCUGUCAAGGAGGCCAUUGAUGAUGUGAACAAGAACGAAAGCGAUAGUGCAAACCAAAACAAUGCCGAGGGCAAAACUGGCGGCGAUGAAUCUGGCAAUGAGCAACAAGACAACAAGCAACAGCAGAACAACGAACAGACCCAGGCCGCAAUUGAGGAAGAGACCAAAGAGCUGACAUUGGAUGAAUGGAAGGCACAGCAACAGCAGAGAAUUAAGCCAACAUUCAAUAUACGCAAGGCUGGUGAAGGUGAGGACACUUCACAAUGGAAAAAGAUGAUUGUACUGACCAAUAACAAAAAGAAGGAAAAUGAAAGCGAGGAGGAACUUGAAUAUGAUCCUGCCAUGUAUCCGCAACGUGUGGGCCGUCAACAGCGUGUCCUUGAUAUACAAUUCAAUUUCAAUGAUGGACGUCGUGGACCCGGUGGUUUUGGUGGACGUGGAGGUCCUGGCGGUGGUCGUGGAGGUGGUGGUGGUGGCGGCGGUCCACGAGGAGCUGGUGGACCACGCAACAACAACAACAACGAGGGAGGCGGCAACCGCAGUGCUGGUGGAGCUCAAUCUCAGGGAGGAGAGGGUGGUGCUGGUGGUGCUCCAGCAUCAAACAAUCGGCCGGCUAUCGAACGUCGCGGUGGUGGCGGCGGCGGUGGCAGCAAUAAUGUUGGCCAUUCUGGAGGAGCCAAGCGUUUUGGUGAACGGCAACAACAGAAUGCUGCCCCAAAGGUCAACGAUGAACGCCAGUUCCCAACUCUGGCCUAAGAUGGAGAAACAAUUUUCAAACGGAACAACAUCAGAUUGGUGGCUGGAGGUGGAUGGAUGCAGAACAAAAACAAGAGAAAAGUAGGAGCAAAAAAGGUUACCAAAACACAAUCGAAAAACAAUA